UCUGCUCAGGAGGGCCCCUCAUCCCUUCCCCACAAUCCUUAAAUCCCCUCUCACUCGGCACCCUCAGCAUCUGUCACAGCUGCUUCCUGACCCAACAGCGGCUGGCGCUGGGUGAGUGUGGCUACAGAAGCGAGCUUGGGUGUGCGCUGGGGAUGGACUCCAGGAAGAGCGGCCCGGGGCUGUCGGGAAGGGGAAGGCUGGUGCGCUGGAGACAGAGGUCAGGCAGGGGAACGGUGUGAUGAGGUUCAGAGGGUGUUGAGAGCGAGAAGGAGGCUUGGGACAGUGGCAAGUUGAUAUCCCACCCCUUCUCUGAUCGGCUCAGCCAACAUUUACCGCGUGUCCCUCUCCCUAGCCCCUAGGCGCCCGUUUCCCCGGUUCUCUCCAGCCAGGCACGCAGAGCGUUCCGGUUCUCCCCAUACUAUCUCCUCCCGCAGCCGGUGAGCCUAUGGCCCGGCCCCGGAGCAUCCUGGAACCACCGCUGCUGCCGCCGAUACUGGUGCUGAUGCUGGCACAGGCGGGCCUGGCGCACGCGGCGGGGUCGGUGCGCCUGGCGGGCGGCCUAACGCUGGGCGGCCUGUUCCCGGUUCACGCGCGGGGUGUGGCGGGCAGGGCGUGCGGGCAGCUGAAGAAGGAACAGGGAGUGCAUCGACUGGAGGCCAUGCUGUAUGCUCUGGACCGCGUCAACGCGGACCCGGAGCUGCUGCCCGGCGUGCGCCUGGGAGCGCGGCUUCUCGACACUUGCUCGCGGGACACGUACGCGCUGGAGCAGGCGCUGAGCUUCGUGCAGGCGCUAAUCCGCGGUCACAGCGACAGCGAUGAGGCAGCGGUGCGCUGCCCCGGCGGCCUUCCGCCGCUGCGAGCCGCGCCCCCGGAGCGCGUGGUGGCUGUCGUGGGAGCCUCGGCCAGCUCCGUCUCCAUCAUGGUCGCCAACGUGCUGCGUCUGUUUGCGAUCCCCCAGAUCAGCUAUGCCUCCACGGCCCCUGAGCUCAGCGACUCCACACGCUAUGACUUCUUCUCCCGUGUGGUACCUCCUGAUUCCUACCAGGCCCAGGCCAUGGUGGACAUCGUGCGGGCAUUGGGAUGGAACUAUGUGUCCACGCUGGCCUCCGAGGGCAACUAUGGCGAAAGCGGGAUUGAGGCUUUUGUGCAGAUCUCCCGAGAGGCUGGAGGAGUCUGUAUUGCCCAGUCCAUCAAGAUUCCCAGGGAACCAAAGCCAGGAGAAUUCAACAAGGUGAUCAGACGACUCAUGGAGACACCCAAUGCUCGUGUCAUCAUCAUCUUUGCCAACGAGGAUGAUAUCAGGAGGGUCCUAGAGGCUGCACGCCAGGCAAACCUGACUGGCCACUUCCUGUGGGUUGGCUCAGACAGCUGGGGAGCCAAGACCUCACCCAUCCUGAACCUGGAGGACGUGGCAGUGGGGGCUAUCACCAUCCUGCCCAAAAGAGCUUCCAUUGAUGGAUUUGACCAGUACUUUAUGACACGCUCCCUGGAGAACAAUCGCCGGAACAUCUGGUUUGCAGAGUUCUGGGAAGAGAAUUUUAACUGCAAACUGACCAGCUCAGGUACCCAGUCAGACAACUCCAUCCGCAAAUGCACAGGUGAGGAACGCAUUGGCCGGGACUCUACCUACGAACAGGAGGGAAAGGUGCAGUUUGUGAUUGACGCAGUGUACGCCAUUGCCCACGCCCUGCACAGCAUGCACCAGGCACUCUGUCGUGGGUAUACAGGCCUGUGCCCAGCGAUGGAGCCCACUGACGGGCGGACACUGCUGCAGUAUAUUCGGGCAGUCCACUUCAAUGGCAGCGCAGGAACCCCGGUAACGUUCAACGAGAAUGGGGAUGCGCCCGGGAGAUAUGACAUCUUCCAGUACCAGGCGCCCAACGGCAGUGCGGGCAGCGGUGGCUACCAGGCUGUGGGCCAGUGGGCAGAGACGCUCAGGCUGGAUGUGGACGUCCUGCGGUGGUCAGGAGACCCCCGGGAAGUGCCGCCGUCUCAGUGCAGCCUCCCCUGUAGGCCAGGUGAGCGGAAGAAGAUGGUGAAGGGCGUGCCCUGCUGUUGGCACUGCGAGGCCUGUGAUGGGUACCAUUUCCAGGUGGAUGAGUUCACAUGCGAGACCUGCCCAGGGGACAUGCGACCCAUGCGCAACCACACCGGCUGCCGUCCCACGCCCGUGGUGCGCCUCACCUGGGCCUCGCCCUGGGCCGCCCCACCGCUCUUCCUGGCGGUGCUGGGCAUCACGGCCACCACUACAGUGGUGGCUACCUUCGUAAGGCACAACAACACACCCAUCGUCCGCGCCUCUGGCCGUGAGCUCAGCUACGUGCUGCUCACUGGCAUCUUCCUCAUCUAUGCCAUCACCUUCCUCAUGGUGGCUGAGCCUGGGGCAGCCGUCUGCGCUGCCCGGAGGCUCUUCCUCGGCCUGGGCACCACCCUCAGCUAUUCUGCCCUGUUCACCAAGACCAACCGCAUCUACCGCAUCUUUGAACAGGGGAAGCGCUCUGUCACGCCCCCGCCCUUCAUCAGCCCCACCUCGCAGCUGGUCAUCACCUUCAGCCUCACCUCCGUGCAGGUGGUGGGAGUGAUGGCAUGGCUGGGGGCCCAGCCCCCACACAGUGUGGUCGACUAUGAGGAGCAACGGACAGUGGACCCAGAGCAAGCCAGAGGGGUGCUCAAGUGUGACAUGUCAGAUGUGUCUCUCAUCAGCUGCCUGGGCUACAGCCUCCUGCUCAUGGUCACAUGCACAGUAUAUGCCAUCAAGGCCCGUGGUGUGCCUGAAACCUUCAAUGAGGCCAAGCCCAUUGGCUUUACCAUGUACACCACCUGCAUCAUCUGGCUGGCUUUUGUGCCUAUCUUCUUUGGCACUGCCCAGUCAGCCGAAAAGAUCUACAUUCAAACGACCACACUGACUGUGUCCUUGAGCUUGAGUGCAUCAGUGUCCCUUGGCAUGCUCUAUGUGCCCAAAACCUACGUCAUCUUGUUCCACCCGGAGCAGAAUGUGCAGAAGCGAAAGCGGAGCCUCAAAACAACCUCCACAGUGGCAGCCCCAUCCAAGGGUGAGAACACAGAGGCCCCCAAGUAGUGAGAGGGGUGAAUAGGAUAGUUGUUCCCUCUCUCUUCUUUUUUUCCCCUUGCUUCACAGUGUGAGCUAUGAGGAGUCCAGGCCUGCAGUGAAUCAGAGGAGGAGUUCCAUGGAGGCCAUGCCUAGUAGGACCUAUCUGGAGGCUGGCCUCCAAAAGAGCUGGACCCAUAAGCCAGUUUUAUCUGUGCUUUGCUGUGCAUGUUGGCAUCAUAUUUUCUCACUGCAGACUAGACUUUCUACUGACAGUGGGAAAUGGCCAUUCAGAGGUUUCUACUUCUAGAAAGGGAGUGAAUAAACACAUUCUCUGGUUUGAAGUUGAGAGGUUGCAAUGACAUUCUGGGCUUGGCCUAGUGUGAGUGAGAUUUCCAUUCCUUGAUCAACCACCAGAACUUAGGUAUUGAGCUGGGUGCGAGAAUGUUUAGACCCCGGAGUGAAAUAUGGCACUGGAGAUGGGAAGAAGCAGUUUCCACAAAAGCAGAUCCGUGGGUCUGUAUUCUAGACUGAGCAACUUGGUCUCAGAGGAAUGGAGCUUGGGUGAGAGCCCUGUGAGAGAAGGUGAGCCUGCAGGGACAGGGGAGCCAGCAGAAGGGCCAGGUGCAUCCCACAAAGUUACUUGUGUAAGGGCAUAUUUCUUGGAAUCUUGUCCCCUGGGAUCCGAGGAGUGCCACAUUCAGAGUACAGCUUUUUUCUUUUCUCAUCUGUACUCCUUUAAAUGACCUCUAAAACAUUAAGAAAAAAUCAGAUGCACUUGUGUGGCAUAAGUGGUGUGAAAAUAAGCUAACAAGGGUAGCAUUUGCCCUCCUCUGAUGCCUGAGAGAGAUUGAAUUCAGGAGUUCCAGGGUGGGACCAGUGACAGAAAGAGUUGUGUUCAUGGUGAGGAUUAAUUACAAGUGGAUAACAUAGGCUGGAUAUAAAACUCUCUUUUUUGCCAAUACUCACUAGGGAGUCCCCUUUGAAAGGCAAGCAUAGGCAUGGGGAGGAAGAUGCUUGUGAUACAGAUGCGUGAGUGUUUACUUUUCAGUUUGUUUGUUACACAAAGCUUGAUUUAAAUGACAGAACUUUAUUUCUUUAGGGUAGAAUUUAAAUUGAAAACUGACUCUAUUACUGUGAAUUCUCUAGUAUCUAAUGUGUGGCACUGAUUUUGAAGAUCAACCACACCUUAUACAGCAUAGAGACUAUUUCCUAUACAGAGUCUCCAGUACAUGAAGGUUUUGACUAGGUGUUUCUGCAUUCUUAAAAUUAACAGGGCUUCUCCUCAAAGUAACAUACCGAUUCUCCUUCCUCACACACAUUGCAUUCCCAGGGUUUGUUUCUCUGCAGUGCUAAUUAUGAAGUUUUAUACAUUGCUGAAUGCUUUCCAAAAUUCAUUAUUUCAUAGGGCUUCUUUCUUGUGUGGGUUUUCUGAUGUAUAAUGAACUGUAGGGGCUCUUUUUGCUGAAGGUUUUUCCAUAUUAGUGCUUUCAUGGAUUUUUUUCUCCUAAUAUGAACUUGUAGAGAGUCAAUGAGCUCUGCUCUCCCAAUGAAGGUCUUCCUGCAUUUACUGUUUUCGUGGUGUUGCUCCCAGUGUGAAUUCUCUGAUAUGCUAUGAGUCUUGGCUUCUAGUUGAAAACUUCCACAUUUGUUCAUUUUUUGUGUGGUUUUCCCCAUUCUGAACUCUAUGACUCAGAGUUCGAAUGAUUUCUUAGUAAGAGCUUUUCCAUAUUUGGAAGACUUCUUUCUAUAAGAUCUAUGAUGUAAGGUUUCUGACUGUUUACUACACUCAUGUGUUCCCUUUCUGAAUUCUCAAAUGUAUUCAAAGGUUUGCUUAUGUCUGCAUAAGUUCUCUGCCUUUGAUCAUUUAUUUGAUGCCCAGUGAGCUUCACAACUUCCUGAAGGUUUUACCCUAUUUAAAUACAUACUUUUGCAUUGUCUGGUGUCCAAUCAAUCAAUUUGAACUAAAUAAAGUUUUUUCAAACUUAUGGAAUUUAUAAGGCAUUCUUCCUGCAUGGUUUCUUUUAUGUUGAAUGAAAGCUAAGCUAUACUUGUAGGCUUUCUCACAUUCAUUACCUCAAAUGAUUUCUCCCCAGUAUGAAUUAUAUGUUCCAGUGGAAACAGGUUCUGGAUUGGAGACUUUUCCACACUACAAACACAGUAUUUAUCUUCAGUAUGUGUUCUUUAAAAGAGAGUAAAAUAUCAUUU